CCUCCUGUUUUAGUCUCACUUUCUGUCCGAUAACAAACUGCUCUCUCUCUCUAUCUCCUUUUUACUGGAAGUGAAUUAUUUUCUUAUCCCUGUCAAAUCAGUGCAAAAUAACUGAUUUCUUUGCACGUGAAACUGACACCAAGGAUAAUUUGAGAAUGACGUGGGUUGUGCUUCUGCUAUUCAGCCUUGGUAUCCCAGCGGCGUAUAGUCGGAGCCACACGCUGAAGGUUUACACAACUAAGCUCACAGCUCCGUACCCCGGGCUCCCGGACUAUAUGCACAUGGCGUAUGUGGACGAUCUGCGCUACGCCCGCUACAAUAAUGAGUUCAAUCGCUGUGAGUACUGGAUCCCAGCGCUGAGCACCCUGUAUGAACGCAUGACCAUGCAGAAGAAUUACACACACAAUUUUAAGAUUUCCCAUAAUCAGAAAACCAAAUUAUUAACUCAUCUUUAUAACAAGACGUCCGGUAAGGAUGCCAUUCAUGUUUACCAGACUAAAUCUGCCUGUGAGAUGCAUGAAGAUGGAACCAUUAGUGCAUAUCAGGAGGUGGCAUUUGAUGGGAAGGAGCUGAUAGCCUAUGAUUAUCAGAUGGAAACUUUUAUCCCUACAACACCAGAGGCUCAAGUGGUCGCCCAGAUUUGGAAUGAAGAUUAUGCCAAGAGGGAAAAGAUUUACCUGAAAAACCUCUGCACUUAUCGUUUUUCGAAGUAUCUCAAUGCGUUAGCAAGUGACCUGGAGAAAUUAGUUCCCCCCAAAGUGAAGGUUUCCAUCUCAGAGUCAGAGAGUGGCGCAGAGCUGCACUGCCGGGUGUAUGGGUUCUACCCCCGAGAUGUGGAAGUGAAGUGGAUAAAGAAUGGGAGAGAUGAGAUUCACUCAGAGGAGGCAGCACAGAUCCUGCCAAACCCUGAUGGCACCUAUCAGAUCAGAGUCAGUGUGGGGGUAACACCAGAGGGGGGCGCCACUUACUCCUGCCAUGUAGAUCACAGCAGCUUGGAGAAGGCACUGGUUGUUCCCUUUGAACCCAACAAGAGAAGCAUUUUGUAUAUCAUCCCUGUCAUUUUGGCAUCGCUUGUUCUCCUGAUUGCCCUGAUUGCCCUGGGAGUCUUUAUAUGCAGAAAGAAAAAAGACCCCAGUGGCAGCCAUCAGCGUGUAAGCGCAGAGGAUAAAGAGUGAAGUUCUAAAUACACUCCCCUUGGAUCUGAUGUAUAAUUGAUGGCUUUGGGUGCAUUUUAGGAUGCUCCUUGUAGCAGGCACUUUCAGCCAUUUCGCCAGUCUUGGAUAAACGUGCCAAUGAGAAUAUUACUUACCAGUAGUCUUGCUGUUAGGUUACAUUCAGAGACAAUUGGCUUCUACCAUUGGGAGAAUAUUGGUUGUGGCCCUGUGUGUGUGGCCCUGGGCAAGAACUGAGAGUUAAUGUACAUUUGUGAGUGCAGUUGCGAUCCCUGCAAUUUCCCCUGCAGUCAGUUGCAUGUAACACCACUUCCAUUAGUUCCAUAGUUGUGCUUGGCUCUGCUCAGGCCUUCCUGCCUUCCGUUCCUAAUUCAGCACUGCUGUACCUAUUGAUGCAGGGGAACACUGGAGCCACCACCAAUCUGUAGCUCCAGGGUUCCACCAGCGCCCUGCAUGAAUCGUCACAGUUUAGCUGCGCCUAAAGAUGGCCGUACACCUUACAAUUUCCUGCGACCAUUGCUCCACAAUGACGCAGGAAUUUUGGGGAAAAAUUAUUGAAUUGUGGAGAAAAAAGAACACGGUGACUGCACUCAAAAUAUCCACUUUGCACUUAAAGGUGUACAUGCACCCUUAGAUCUUAGAGCAAGGGUCCCCAACCUUUUUUACCCAUAAGCAACAUAUAAAUAUAAGUUGGGGAGGAACACAAGCAUGACAAAAAUUCCUAGGGGGUAACAAAUAAGGGCUGUGAUUGGUUAUUUGGUAGCCCAGUGUGGAUUGGCAGCCUACAGGAGGCUCUGUCUGGCAGUGCCCAUGGUCUUUAUGCCUCCCAGCCAGAAAUUCAAAAAUAAGCACCUACUUUGAGACCACUGGGAGCAACAUCCAAGGGGUCAGUGAACAACAUGUUGCCCCCGAGCCACUGGUUGGUGAUUUCUGUCUUAAAGAGUGCUGCUCUACACACCAAUGUGUCAAGUACUUGAACGGAGCCUUUAAAUAUCCCACUUGAAAUGAAUUUUGGGACUGUCACUUUAGUUUUCACUAUUUUGCUGCUUACUUUGCUUAGUUACCCCCUUUUUCAGGUGGGUUCUACUUUAUUAGAUGUCUGUAACAUUUCACUUUUUUCUAUAUAAUAUGUAUUACUGUUGAUAUUGCUGUGAAUUUUAUUUGCUUGUGGGCCCCUGGGGUGUAUCCCAUAGCACCCCCUGGGUGAAGGAACUGCAUCUUAAGACCCAGGCUUCCCAGUCUCUCCCACCCGUACUAUGGGAGGUUUCUGGGUGAGACCAUGUGUUUGCUGGAGUGUGAAGGGUGUGCCAGAAGAGGGUUAAAACUGUGUUACAAAUACACCCUUGAUAUUGGUAAAUUAAAUCUCCCAACCUCAUAUCUUCUGGGUCUUUGGCAUAUGGUAAAUUGUAAUUGUAUAUAUAUAUUUUGCACAUUCAUAACUGUCUGUACUAUGAAAUAGAGCAUAUAUAUUUAUUUAAAUAAAGAUUCAAAGUAAAGAUUUACUUUACCAACAAA